AUGAAAUUUCCAAGACAAUAUCGACGACUUUUACAACAGAAAGAAGGAAUGGAAGAUGGUUCUAAAAGUUCUACGCAAAAGAUUUAUGGAGGUUCUCGACUUUCCGGUAUUUUAAGUGCUCAAGGAUCAUCGAUGAUACCGAUUGAUCCUACACAGUUCGCACUACCUUUCGUGGUUGAUGUUAUACAUUUGGCUUUACAAGCUAUUCCACAAGAAAGACUUAAUCAAGCAAAACAGGCUUUACAACAACGCGAAGCACGGUUAGCUGCGCUUCGAACUUUAUCAACACCACCUCCGACCAGUAAACAAGAACGACGAAAUCGUAAAACUCUUGAUCCACGAUUAGAAUUUACUAGAGAUGCAACUCCUAAAUCCCCUUCUCCUCCCCCU